ACAGCUGUAAAAGGAAAGUAUGAAUUCAACAGUGCACAAAAAACCUCUGGAGCAUGGAUUAAAAGUGAUAAGGAAAUCUUUAACAUCAAUCAUGGAGUUAAUAGCGAUCAGAUAAAAAUAACUGGAGACCUGAGUAGGAAAAACUGCACCACUUUGUUCUCUGAUAUAAAGACAAGUCAAGCAGGUGAAUACUACUUCAGAAUAGAGAAUGGAAACUACAAGUCAACAGCUUGUUCUAAAGCUCUUCAUAUAAAAGUCCAAGAUUCCCCUUGGAGUCCCAGCAUUAAUAUCCCUGUUGGUGAUCUGAAGGAGCAUCAGUCUGUCACUAUAAGCUGCUCAGCUUUGACUCCCUGUCCACACUCACCUCCUGAACUCACCUGGAAUCUCCCACAAGACUCUGAGAGACAAACAGAGAAAAACCCAGAUAGAACCUUUACAACUAAAAUCCAGGAGACCAUCACUCUGUCAGACACACAUGAUGGAUACAACAUCAGCUGUUCUGCCAGAUAUCCUGUGAAUGGAGGAAGCAAGACAGCAGAGACAGAAGUGACUCUCAGUGUUUCAUGAUAGUGAUCCUAUGCUCCUAAAGACACCUCAGCAUCCAUCAGUCCAUCAGGUUUGGUGUCAGCAGGUAGCUGGGUGGAGCUGAGCUGCUGCAGCAGAGCCAAGCCUCCUGCCAGCUUCACCUGGUUCAGGAACAGCAAACAUGGAGCCGUUAAUGUAUCUGUGGGGCAGGUUUACAGAUUAAAUGUUACUGAGGAAGGAGAGUAUUACUGUGAGGCUACAAAUGAUCUGGGGACUCAGAGAUCGUCAGUCAUCCUUCUCAGUUUUGGAGGAUGCUCCGACACUCUGAUACGUGGCUUCUGA